CGCCUGCGCCGGUUCCUGCGCGUGUUUUCCUCUCAUGCGCGGUAUUUGCUUCCCCGGCAGGGCUUAGGGCCUGGCCUAGCGGCGGCGGCGGCGCCCAACACCACCCACGGCCAGGGUGAGGGAAGGGGAGCGGCGCCCCCUGCAGCUCCGUGCCCUCCCUUCUGCCCGCGGGGGCCGAACCGGCCCCCUGCGGCGGAGGAUGGCUGAGGACUCGCCUAAGCGGCGCAAGGCGAAUUUCAACGAGGCGGAGACGGAGGUGCUGAUCGAGCAGGUGCUGAAGCACGAGCAGCUACUAUUCGCCGCCGGGCCGGGCCGCGCCUCCCCGGGCCAGAAGCGGAAAGUGUGGGAGCUGAUCCGGCACAAGGUGAAUCCUGUGGCUGCAUGUCCCCGCGACGUGGAGGAUCUGAAGAAGCGUUGGAGGGACCUGAAGCGCCGCGACCGCAGCAAGCUCUGCCGCCUCUCGCAGGGCUGCGGGCCGCCGGGCCCCGCCGCCACCCUCGGCCUCUUCCUGGCACCCGAGGAGAUGCCGCCCGCCGCCGCGCCGCCCGCCCGCCGCCGCCACCACCACCGUGCCUACGGCUCCCUUUUGCCUGCCGAGGCCGUGCCUAUCGUGGGUGGUAUCGACACGCUGGAACUGCCCGGCGCCAUCGUGGGGGACAUCGGGUUUAAUGAUGAUCCUGGUCCUUCUCAUCAACCCAGUUUGCAGAAGAUGAACCUUAAAGAAGAAAUAGUAGUGAAGGUGGUAGAGCCAGAAGAAAGCUCUGAGGACAUGGCAGUGGUUCCACCUAGCCAUGAGCAACAACCUUUUCUGGGAACAUCAAGUGGAGGUUCCUCUGGGAAAGUAAAAGCCAAAACAAAAGGCAAGUCUCACGUGGACCAAAAUGAAGUAACUGAAGAGGACCUACUGCAGAUUCAGCAGACCCAGAUGCGGGUGAUCCAGUCUGGCUUUGACAGUGUCAAUCACAAUCUUCAGCUGCUGCAACAAGGCAUGCAGGAUCUGAGUAACAGCCUCAGCAUCAUGGCACAUACACUUGUUGCUAUCAAAAAUAUCUAUGUGAAAAACAACACUGGUCCAGCCACAUAUGCCACUACCUCUACUCAGACCACCGCUGGGUACCUGAGCCCAGGUUCCCCGCAAGUCUCCCCCCUUGAGGACAGAGGUAGAGCACAGGUGGCUGGAAGCAGCAGCAGAAGCAGCAGCUGCAGCUCCAGCUCUGUGUCACAAGAACCAGGUUCUUCAGAGUUUCCUAGGCCUCCGGUGAGAACCAUUAAGAAAGAACAUCCAAAUGGCUGCUACUACUUCUGUUUUGCAGAUGUGUAAAAACUUGAAUAUAUGUAAAGUGACAGUGGUGUUAGGUGCUGUUUUAUGUUCUGCUCCAGCCUAUGGUUUCAAUGGAGCAAAGUGGACUUGCCUACCAUGUUUUUCCCAGUGGGAAACAUUUCACUAUAGAUGGCAUUAAACACUAAUCACCAGUCUAAUGUUUGUUAA